AUGAAUUUCCUCUACCGAACUACGCAGCCUGCAGCACCUGAGCUUCCAAGAAUUUCAGAGCAAGAUCAGCACAGGGAUGCCUUACAAAAGCUGACUACGACACUGGAGGGUCUCAUCGCGGACGAUUCAUACCAGCCCUCCUCCACCCACAGCGAAGAUGGUGCUGCUAAUAAUGGGUCUAGGGAUAUCAGUGGGGAUCCUUCAUCUCUAGAUUCGAAAAGCCUAUUCCCACUGGGGACACAUGCCGAUGUCGCGGAGGAUGAAGGAUGGAUAACAAUUCCAUGCAGUUCGCCAAGUGAUCACUCCUUAGUCCUUAUCUCCAUCCUUGAUCUGCAUUGCAUAAAGGCACUUCCUGAAAGUUUGAAUGACAUAUCAGAAAUGGUUCAGUUGCAGACUCUGGACCGUUCCUUCCUUUUCCCUGGCGAGCAGGUUCAUAUACUGGUGUGCCUGUCAGCUUCUAAGCAAGAUGUACAGGUUAUAUCCCCCUUUAGAAUUGCUGCAGUGAUGUCAAAGAAUGGAAAUUCUUUGCAAAACUCUACAAAUAAACCUAGCCCUGUCAGUGCAAAUGGUCAUGAUAAUGGAGCAGCUGGAGAAAGUGGCUAUCAGGAUGUUGAACUCAAUGGUGAAGCUUCUCCUUCAGAACAUGAUAUUUUGGAGACUCGAUCUCUCCUUCAGAUGGAGUACCAUAAGCAGCAGAUCGAACAUGUGUUGCGAAGAUUUAGGGAAUCCAAUUUUUUUGUCCGGAUUGCGGAGUCAGAUGAGCCUCUCUGGUCCAAGAAAAGAGUAACUUCAGCUACGACGGCUGAUGAACGAUCAGAUAACCAGGGAAAUAGUAAGAGCUCAAAGAGUAAUGUUUACAAUACCAUUUCUGAUAAAGGGAUUUUUGAUGGUAGCACAUCUGGGGGAGUCGCUCGAGAUGUUGUCAAGUGUUAUUCUCUGCAGAACGGAGACAUAGUGGUUGUUUUGCAAGUGAAUGUUGGCGUUAACAAAUUGGAAGAUCCUGUGCUUGAAGUCCUUCAGUUUGAGAAAAGUAUAUCGAACAAUUGUAUGCCUCAGAAUCUUGUGGAUGGACUUUCUGACAGUAAUAAUGACCCAUGUCAGGAGCUGCUUAGUUGGUUGCUCCCUUUAGAUCGCACAUUACCGCCUCGUUCUUUGGCACCCCCUACUCUCAAUCCAAGUGUAUCACACAAGCAAUCUUAUUCUGCUUCUGGUUCUCAAAUAUUCAACUUCAGAAGUUACUCCAUGCCUUCAGCCUCUUCUGUUCAGACACCGAAUAAUAUAAGACCACCACCAAUAUCUGAAAGUCAAGAAUUUAUGCCUGAAAAACCUGCAAAAACCCCAGACAUUAUAAAUGAUGGGCAGCUUUCGUUUAGAGGAGUUCCUUUAGAACCUGAACGGUAUUCUGUACGUUGUGGUUUAGAAGGCGUGUAUCUACCAGGGAAAAGAUGGAGGAGAAAAGUUGAAAUCAUUCAACCCAUUGAGGUUCAUUCUUUUGCUGCAAAAUGUACUGUGGAGAAUCUUCUCUGCGUCACAGUAAAGAAUAUUGCUCCUACUCAUGCGAAAGAUAUAGUUGUAUUCAUUGACGCAAUUACUAUUGUAUUUGAGGAGGCAUCCAAAGGAGGUGCUCCUUUGUCAUUACCAAUUGCUAGUAUUGAGGUUGGACAUGGUCACAGCUUACCAAAUCUAGCACUCAGGAGGGGCGAGGAGCACUCUUUUAUUCUCAAGCCAGCAACUAUGUCCUCAAGGGAACGGAAGACCAGUGGUUAUGCACCUCCGGCCUUGUCACUCCCAACGAUGACCGGUGCUACUUUAAAUACUCAUACACCAAAGGUUGGUGAGCCAUAUGCUGAUCUAAGCGACCAAUAUGCUGUACUGGUAUCUUAUCGCUGCAAUUACACAGAAUCUAAACUUUUUUUCAAGCAAGCAACAAGCUGGCGACCCUCUGCAGCCAGCGAUCUUAUGAUCUCUGUAUCAUGCGAACUGUCUUUACGAAAUCCUAGUCUUGGUGCUCGAGUUCCUCAACUCCCCGUGCAGAUACUAACACUCGAAGCUACUAAUAUGACAUCCGAAAACCUUACAUUAAAUGUCCUUGCUCCUGAAGCAUCUGGUUCUUCUUCAGUUGUAUCCUUAAUCUCAGCCCCAACCACCCCAAAUGGUUCUUUUGAUGGUGUUAAUGAGUCAGCAAAAAGAUCUGGGCUGGGAAAACAUGGAAUUGGCUUUGGAAGAUUGAAUUCUGUCCUAGCUACAUCUCCAAAAGAAGGUGAUAAUGGAGGAAAUAGAAUGAGUAAUGCUUCAGGCUGUACUCAUCUGUGGUUGCAAAGUGCAGUGCCCCUAGGGUGUGUUCCUCCCCGUUCAAGCACCACUGUCAAACUUGAGCUGCUUCCAUUAACAGAUGGAAUUAUCACACUUGAUACGCUGCAAAUAACCGCAAGGGAGAAAGGCCUUGCUUACAUACCGGAGCACUCCUUGGAGAUACAUGCCACAUCUGGCAUGUCAUCAGGAAGGAGCAGUUCAUUAGCAACACCAAUGCACCACGGUAGCAACGCGGUGCCGUCGCCACCUAGCGCCCGUCUGCACGCCGGCGCACUCCUGGCCGGCCUCGCCCUCCGCGCGACGACCCCGGCGGCGGCGAGGCAGCUCCAAGCGCAGCUCCUCGUCCGGGGCCUCCCUCUCCCCGCCCGCGCCGCCGUCGCCCUCAUAGCCUCGUCCCAUUCUCCGCGCCACGCCCGCGCCGUCUUCGACAGCGCCGUCCCCGCCGCCUCCGAGAACGUCUACCUCUGGACCGCCACCAUCGCCGCUUACGCCAGGCACGCCUCGUCCUCGCCGUCGGCGGCUGAGCAGGCGCUCGCGCUGUUCCGGCUCAUGCUCCGGCGCGGCGUCCCUCGCCCGAACGCCUUCACGGCGAGCUCCGUGGUCAGGUGCUGCUCGGCGCUGCGGGCCGUUCGAGUGGGGAUCCAGGUGCACGGGUUCUUGGUCAAUGCCGGACUCGGACGCGCUGCGCACGUGGCCGCCGCGUUGGUUGACAUGUACGGCAACCUUGGCCGGGUAGCGGAUGCGAGGAGGGUGUUCGACGAAAUGCCUACCGCAAGCGUGGUGCUGGGGAAUACCAUGGUGGCGUGCUACGUCAGGGCAGGGGAUGUGGAGGCUGGGCGGGUUGUGUUUGACAGGAUGGUGGAAAGGGACCCAAUCUCUUGGAACACGCUGAUGAUGGGGUACUUGCGGCAGGGGGAAGCAGGAGGGGCCCUGGCUGAUGCGCUUGCAGUGUUCAAUGGGAUGCGCCUCGCAAGGUUCCAACCUGAUCCCGCGACGAUGGCUGUGCUGAUGUCCGCCUGUGCACAGCUUGGUUCUCUGUCAGUUGCAAGUCAGGUGCAUGGGAUUUUGAGGAAAGGCUGUGUCGAAAUGAACUUCCAUGUUCUGAAUUCGUUGAUCGACAUGUAUGCUAAAUGUGGUAGCGUCAGCCAAGCUCAUUUGUUGUUUGUUGAGACAUGUCUAAAGGACACAGUGUCUUACAAUGUGAUGAUCUGUGCUUUUGCACACCAUGGACAUGGCAGGGAUGCACUUCUGAUCUUUAAUGAGAUGGCUAAGGAAGGGUUGCAGCCAGAUGCGGUCACUUUUCUUGGCGUUUUGUCAGCUUGUGCUCAUGCUGGACUAGUUCAUGAUGGAAAGUUCUACUUUGAAUCUAUGAGAACAAAUUAUGCAAUUGAGCAAUCCCCGGAUCACUAUGCGUGCAUGGUGGAUCUCUAUGGCCGAGCUGGACUCAUUGAGGAAGCAUACCAAUUAGCACGGUCAAUGCCAAUGAAACCGCAUGCAGGUGUCUGGGGAGCCUUGAUCAAUGCCUGCAGGAAGCAUUGCAAUGUUAAAGUUGGUAAGGUUGCGGCGAGAGAACUCAUUGCUAUUGAACCUGGGAAUCCUGGAACCUAUGUACUCCUUGCCAACACAUUGGCUUGUGGUCAGCAAUGGGAUUUUGUCGAGACUGUGUGGCAAUCAAUGAGAGGAAAGGGAAUUGAGAAAAUGGCAGGGUGCAGUUGGCUUGAAGUGGAAAAUGUUGUUCAUGAGUUCUUGAUGGGGGAGUCCAGCCACCCUAAUUCCGAUGAGAUUUACAGUAUCCUUGAGCAUCUAUAUCUGCAACUGACUUAA